CUGCUCCUGGGGUUCAAGAAGCGGGGGCUCGGCGUGAACAAGUACAACGGCUUCGGCGGCAAGUUCGAGGUCGGCGAGACGCCGGCCGAGUGCGCCCUGCGGGAGACGCGCGAGGAGUGCGGCCUAUCGCCGCGGCGCCUGGAGUGGAAGGCGCAGCUGCUCUUCACGUUCCGCGACUCGGGCACGGUGAUGCGCGUCCACGUCUUCGAGGCGUCGGACUUCGACGAGGCGGCCCUCGUGGAGACGGACGAGAUGCGGCCCGAGUGGUUCGACGUCGACGCGCUCCCUUACGAUCGCAUGUGGCACGACGACGCGUUCUGGAUGCCGCUGCUCCUCGACGGCGUCGCCUUCGAGGCCUGGUUCGACUAC